AAGCCCAGCUUUCAAAUGUCUCUCUGACUGGCUGCAGGGAGGGAGGAGUUGCCAGCGAGUCCAGCAAGGCCGCCUGAGCACUUGCCCGAGCUGCCAGGAUGCAAUCCGAGGUUUAGAGAUCCAGCUCCUGUGCCGCUCUCCUUUGUGUCCACCCCGGGGAGGGGAAGUGCAAACCGACCGCUUCCUCUUGGAGGGCUUUCCAGUGGCUCCAAGGGAAGCACGUUAACUUGCCGAGCACCAGGGGAUGUGGAGUGGGAUUGUCCCUCUGACAAUGAGGAUCCAUGUUCUCAGAGUUCACCGAGCACCUGGAAGAACGUAAGUGGCAAAGACUGGAGACCACAUGGAAAAAACGAAUGCAGAAGGGAUUUCUCCCUGCAACGGCUGUGACAGGAUUGUACAGUGCUGUGGAUACGGUGACACAGAGGGGCGCGUGGAUCUGCCUUUUCCUCCCAUUUCUUCUGCUUGAUAUUUGAUCUCGGUCCUUCGGGGGCUGCUGGUUUAUGGUGGUAAUGGGCACGAGCUAUUCACUGGUGUUUCUCUCUUCCGUUGGGCAGCUUUGAAUGAUCUCUGUGGGGAGGACACAGCAGCCUUACACAGCUUUCUGGAAUAACCUGUUGGUUCCUGGUACUGGGAGGAGCCCAGUUUAAAGGUUGCUGCUUGGAAUGAGGACAGCUGCAGCUAAGUCGUCAGUCCAUUUUCCCCUUGUUUGCCCCCCACAGCCCUUGCUUCAUGAACACAGGAGGCAAAAGGGAGGACGUUAUCCAGGUAAUUAGCCUCCGAGCAUGGACUUGGUGACAGACAAAAUAACUUUGUAAUAAUUCCCACCGUGAGUGUGCCUGAGAAUCCGUCCAGCCUUCCUCUGUACUACGAAUUGCUGGGGUGUAAAGGCUUAGGUGGGGUGGCACCCCACUGACUUAAUACAGGACUGAGCAGUAGUGCUGCUCUGGGGGAGAGACACAGAUUUCCUGACUUAACCUCCUAAGCCUUCUGUCUGCUCCCAAAGAGCAGUGUGGACACAGAACUGAUUGGGCUAGCUCAGACCUGUGAGGUGGCUGUCUGGAUGGCUAUAUCUCCGGGGCUGUUAAUUUAAUUGUCUACCUUUACCUUUGAAACCACGCAGGCAGAGCCGAGAGAGUGUUGGAUGGGUAUCUUUGGGCCUCCUAUGAAACCGGGUGUAGGUGGAAAGAGGCUGCAAAGAUUCUAAGCCCAAUGAACGAAGCUUCUGUUGCUGCUGCUCUUCGUCCCUGCGUGGCCGUUUGCUGGGCUGAGGGGCUAGGAGCGGGAGCCUCUCUCACCAAUGGUACAGUGCACGUUACUUGUUAGCUGGUUUGCAUGGUGAGUGUUUUUCUGGAAAGAUUGCUGACUCCCAACUCAUGGGAAAGACUCUGGGUGUUUGAGGCUUGGGAAGACCAUCAAACCACUCGGAGAAACCCAGAGAAGAGAGGUGGUUAUGGAGCAGAACCCUCUAUCUCCAGAGGGGGUGGCAGAGCCCCAGAAAGCAACCAGGAUCCAGGUAUAAGACAAGUUUGCACCAUUCAUGUUCUCUGAGGCUGUGGCCUGGCGACAGACCGUUUGAAGUGGUGCAGGUGAUGCCCUCUGGAGGCAGGGAUCCUCACGCCUCUCUUCUAUACACGCCUGGGCUUUCUUCCCAGCGCCUUGGGGCUCCUGUGUCUGGAAUCGAGACCUCGACGAGGAGCAGUCUGUAUUCCCUUCCCUGCAGCAGCCAUGGCGGAGCACCUGGAGCUGCUGGCGGAGAUGCCAGCAGUGGCCAGGAUGAGCACCCAGGAGCGGCUGAAGCAUGCACAGAAGCGCCGGACGCAGCAGCUGAAGAAAUGGGCACAGUUUGAAAAGGAGGCUCACGGCAAGAAGGCCAGAGCAGAAAAGAGGAAGAAAACCAGCAGCAAGGAGAAGCGAGUGCUGUUUCCGGAGAGCAUCAAGCUGCUGGAGGCAGCAUCUCGCAAUGAUGUGGAGGAAGUUCGCCAGUUCCUUCAGCGUGGCAUCAGCCCCAAUUUGUACAAUGAAGAUGGCCUCACUGCAUUGCACCAGUGCUGCAUCGACGACUUCGGGGACGUGGUCGCGCUGCUGCUGGAGGCCGGCGCGGAUGUCAAUGCCUGUGACAGUGAGCUCUGGACGCCGCUGCACGCCGCUGCCACCUGCGGGCACCUGCACCUGGUGGAGCUGCUGAUUAAACAUGGUGCCAAUCUCCUGGCAGUUAACACAGAUGGGAACAUGCCGUAUGACCUCUGCGAGGACGAUGUGACACUGGACUACAUUGAAACGGCCAUGGCAGAUCAGGGAAUAACUCAGGAGAAGAUUGAGGAGGCCCGAGCCGCCACGGAGCACAGCAUGGUGGAAGAUAUCCGAAAGCUGCUUCAGGCAGGUGCCGAUCUGAACACUCCACUUGACCAUAGUGCCACUCUGCUCCACAUUGCCUCAGCAAAUGGCUACCUGGAAGCUGCUGAGCUGCUGCUGGAACACAAGGCCAGCAUGAGCGCGAAGGACAAUGAUGGGUGGGAGCCUCUCCAUGCCGCCGCCUGCUGGGGGCAGAUCCAUCUGGUGGAGCUGCUGGUGGCGCAUGGAGCUGAUCUCAAUGGGAAGUCUGUGCUGGACGAGACGCCCUUGGGGUAG